GGGCCUGCAAUUUAGGCCCUCGUCUGGUUGGGGAUUUCUUUGGGGCGUUGAAGGGGAAGAGAGGCGUCUUCCCUUUGUCUUCCUUUUCUCCUCUCUCCGUUUAUUGUAGGGCUGGUUCUGCAGGACUCUGUGAAGCCGUAGAAAUCGUUCCUUCGAUCCAGAUAGUGUGCCAACAUGGCGUCCAAGGCGUUGAUUCUCAUGUUGGUAUGUGUCGUAUCGGCCCUGGCCUGCGCCGCGGCCAUGGACAUGUCGAUCGUGAGCUACAACGAGCGGCACCCGAGUGGCCGGAGCGACCAGGAUAUUAUGAGAAUCUAUGAGUCGUGGAUGGCUAGGCACGGCAAGGCCUACAACGAUUUGGUGGAGAAGGAUAAGAGGUUCAACGCUUUCAAGGACAACCUGCUCUUUAUCGAUGAACAUAACUCCGGGAAUCACUCCUACAAGUUGGGGCUCAAUAGGUUCGCGGAUCUAACUAACGAGGAGUACAGGAAGAUGUAUCUGGGUACCAGGAUGAGCAUGAGCAGACGGAACGCGAGGCCCGCGAGCAAGCGUUACGCCGUCAAGGAAGGAGAAGAGCUCCCUGAUGAAGUUGAUUGGAGGGAGAAGGGUGCAGUCACGGCUGUGAAGGAUCAGGGCAGCUGCGGGAGUUGUUGGGCGUUUUCUACGAUUGCUGCGGUGGAAGGUGUAAAUCAGAUUGUCACCAAUGAUCUUGUUUCUCUGUCGGAGCAAGAGUUGGUGGACUGCGAUACCUCCUACAACCAAGGUUGCAACGGAGGCCUUAUGGAUUACGCCUUCCAGUUUAUCAUAAACAAUGGUGGUAUUGAUACUGAAGAUGAUUAUCCCUACAAGGCCCGUGACGGAUCCUGUGAUCAAUACAGGAGAAAUGCCCAUGUCGUUACCAUUGAUGACUACGAAGAUGUGCCUGAGAAUGACGAGAGGGCCCUGAGAAAAGCAGUUGCUAACCAGCCUGUUAGUGUUGCGAUUGAAGCAGGGGGCAGGGCUUUCCAACUCUAUGAAUCUGGCGUCUUUACUGGGACUUGUGGAACAGAGCUGGAUCAUGGAGUUACCGCAGUUGGAUAUGGAACGGAUAAUGGCGUGGACUAUUGGAUUGUGAAGAACUCGUGGGGUGACAGUUGGGGUGAGCAAGGGUACAUCAGAAUGCAGAGGAAUGUUCCCGGAACUCUAACUGGAAAGUGUGGUAUCGCCAUGGAGGCUUCUUACCCCAUCAAAAAGGGACAGAAUCCACCUAAUCCUGGUCCUUCACCUCCAACCCCCGUGAAGCCUCCAACUGUUUGUGACAAUUACUAUUCAUGUCCCGAGAGCAACACUUGCUGCUGCAUAUACGAGUAUGGCAGGUACUGCUUCGCUUGGGGUUGCUGUCCUCUUGAAUCAGCCACUUGCUGUGAGGACCAUUACAGCUGCUGCCCAUCAGACUAUCCUGUCUGCAAUGUGGAUGCUGGCACCUGCCUCGCGAGCAAGGACAGCCCGUUUGGGGUGAAGGCAAUGAAGCGUUCUCCAGCCAAACCGUUCUGGACUUUUGAUGCUCGCCGCAGCAGCGUCAGUGCUUAGGUGUACCAGGGCACCUAGUUUAAUUCCUGAUGCUGCCAACUCUUCCCUGUAUGAGAAAAGAUUGGUCUGUGUCUGCAUUUAAGGAAGAUGGGAUUAGUUCUGGAUUCAUAGGUCAAUUGAAGAUUGUAAAUAUUUAUGAACUAAUUUCAUAUUGGUAUAAUUGAAGCUUUGAAGUUUAUCUUA